CUACGAUUUGCUGGUUACUGACUAAUCCUCACUGUGUUCAGGGUUGAAUGGAACGUGGUGCAGGUUUAAGAGACUGGCACUAGAAGACCUCCAUGUCUGUGUGCCUUUAAGGACAACAUGUUUAUUGAUUGCGAAACGUGUUGCUGGGAAUUAACACUCCUUAAUCUUUAUAAAGUGACUCUCCGACCAGUGAAGAGGGAGAUAGGAAUUCUUGUCCAGAUCUAGCCUCGGCCGCAGAAGACAUUAGUAUGGAGUACCUGUUGGAGGUUUCUCUCCUGGUUGGUCUCGCCAUGAUGGUUGAUGCGGCUCCCUUUAUUCCAAACGACUUCACAGAUAAAAUCACAGAUGCCAUAAAUUACUACAACAUGGAAUCGGAAUCAAAAUCUCUAUUUAAACUUCUUGAGGAUAAAGAUAUAAACAAUCUGGUAGGUGUCAGGCUAAUUCUGAAGAAUAAAUAUAUGUUUAUAAUUUAUAAUUUCAUGUAUUGCUUAUAUUAUUAGCAUUAUUAUUAAUCCCAUACUCCGCAGCAAUGAACUGGUCAAAUAUCACAUCAACAUACUGUAGGGCAAUGCAUGAAAAGAGCUGCCUUGUAGCAUGUAAAAGGAAGAUAGGACAGAAGGAUUUGGGCUAAUCAGUGUAGAGGAAUGCCAAAUGCACUGUCUCUCGUAGCUUCUAUACUGUGCUAUACCAUGGCUAACCUUGUCACCAUAAAUUGUUUCUGGACUACGUUUUCCAUGAUGCUUAGCUAGCUUUUAGACUGUAAAAGCUAGCUGAGCAUCAUGGGAAAUGUGGUACAGAAACAAUUUAUGGUGUCAAAGUUAGCUAUCAGUGAUCUAUACAUACCAAUCUAUGUAUUACAGACCAGCACAUUCCAUAAAUUGGAAAAUGUGGUGAAUAUAGAAACUUGAAAUAAAAUCAUUAAAGGGACACUCCAGGCACCCACACCACUUCUGCCCAUUGGAGUGGUCUGGGUGCCAACUCCCACUACCCUUAACCCUGCAACUGUAAAUAUUGCAGUUUUCAUAAACUGCAAUAUUUACACUGCAGGGUUAAGUCCUCCUCGAGUGGCUGUCUACUAGACAUCCACCAGAGGGACUUCCGUGUUCAUAGGACACGAAAAGUGUUUUCAGCGACGCUGGACGUCCUCACGCUAUCUGAGGUCCUCCAGCAUCACCGAAAUCCCCAUAGGAAAGCAUUGAAAGCAUUAUUCAAUGCUUUCCUAUGGGGAGGUCUAAUGCACGUGCGCAGCCGAGGGACAUCAGCGCUGGACUCCGGUAAGUCAUUGAAGGGGUGGGCGGUGCAGGGAGAGGGGCACUACAGGGUCCUGCAGUGCCAGGAAAACGAAUAUGUUUUCCUGGCACUGGAGAAUCCCUAUAAAUCCCUGCUGCAUAGGUUUAUUAAAGCAAAAAUACAACUGGAGAAAAAUGGACAAAGUGGUGGGCUUAUGGAAGCAAAUAUGUUUAUUUAAAAGUACACUCCAGGCUCACACACGUUAGGUGCACUGUGUUGGUUAGCUUACAGUUAGUUAUAUUGGGUGGGUUUACAUUAUUAAAGGGACACUCCAGGCUCCCACACAUGUCAGGUGCACCGUGUAGGUUAGGUUACAGUUAUACUGGAUGGGUUUAUAUUAUUAAAGGGACACUCCAGGCUCCCACACACGUUAAGUGCACUGUGUAGGUUAGGUUACAGUUAGUUAUACUGGGUGGGUUUAUAUUAUUAAAGGGACACUCCAGGCUCCCACACACGUUAGAUGCACUGUGUAGGUUAGGUUACAGUUAGUUAUACUGGGUGGGUUUAUAUUAUUAAAGGGACAUUCCAGGCUCCCACACACGUUAGGUGCACUGUGUAGGUUAGGUUACAGUUAGUUAUACUGUGUAGGUUUAUAUAAUUAAAGGGACACCCCAGACUCCCACACGUUAGGUGCACUGUGUAGGUUUGGUUACAGUUGGUUAUACUGGGUGGGUUUAUAUUAAUAAAGGGACACUCCAGACUCCCACACCCGUUAGGUGCACGGUGUAGGUUAGGUUACAGUUAAUUAUACUGGGAGGGUUUAUAUUACUAAAGGGACACUCCAGGCUCCCACACACAUUAUGUGCACUGUGUAGAUUAGGUUACAGUUAGUUAUAUUAUUAAAGGGACACUCCAGGCUCCCACACAUGUUAGAUGCACUGUGUACGUUAGGUUACAGUUAGUUAUACCGGGUGGGUUUAUAUUAUUAAAGGGACACUCCAGGCUCCCACACACGUUAGAUGCACUGUGUAGGUUAGGUUACAGUUAGUUAUAUUGGUUAUGUUUAUAUUAUUAAUAAUACAUUCUUAUAUAAACUUGAAGAGUUUUGCAUCACCAUAAUUCAGUAAUAUGUAAUGACUCAUCAGGCAGUAUUGUGUUUUCAUCUGGCUAAUAUACUGUAAGACAUAUAAAGUUCUUAUUCUUAACAUACCGAGGGCAGGGCAAACCUUCAUGACAUUAUUAAAUGGUCUGUACACCUCGGAGGUGACACAUAGUUAAAUUAUUUACACAUUAUGUUGUGAAAACAGGGGCAUGUUGCCAUAGCACCAUGUAAACCAUAAAAAAGUAUUUAAUCUAUGUAGGUGUCUAUCUGUAAAAUCAAUUUAUACAACAAAUAAAAGAUUAAAUUAUAUUAUUUGUGGCUUCGUUUAAAUACAAAUUUGUACAAUAAAUCUAUUUGAAAAUGCCGCUACACAAUUUAAUUUUUAUUAUUUUUACUGCUAAUUAUAUAUAAUUUACACUCCUUUUGGCAAUGAGAUUAUAUUAAAUAUAUAAUACAUUCAUCGCAACGUAAGUUAUUAAACAGUCGAAACGUAAAUUAUUAACUAUCUCAUAUCGUGUUCUAAUAGAGCUUUUUAGGCGCAUUACGAAGACAUUUGUGAUUUAUAUGGAUACAUGUUUUCUUUUGAACAAUUUGCUUUUAAGGGUUGGAACUGUGUCUGGGAUCUUUGAAUUUUUUAGGAAAUCAGUCGUACAUUUUUAUGUCUUUCUGAGCACCAUAACAACUUUGAAUUAAUGCAAAGGUUAUGGCGCAGAGAGUAUCCAUGCUUUGACUUCUACACCCUGUUCCAAAUUAUUAUGCAAAUGAUAUUUUUCUCAUUUACCUAAAUAAUUGAUGUAAAUAACACUCAGCAUAAUUCUCAUGUUAUCAACUAUUAAGAGUACAAUUCAAAUUUUAUUGAACAAACCUCCGAAUGAUAACAGUAUUUUUUUUAAACAUAAACUUACAAUGCACUGUUCCAAAUUAUUACACACAGUAAGUUUCAAAACACUUUAUAGGUUGUAAAGAACUGAAAAUUGUCAUUUGUUGUGUUUGUGAUUUAUUUACUGAAAUCAAAAGCUAUUUCAAUCAGACUUAUAACAACAUUUUAACUUUUUAAACAUUUUAACAGGUCACGUUACAUUUUAACAUAGGAACCCUUAUUUGAUAGCAGCUUCACAAUUCUUGCAUCCAUUGAACUUGUGAGUUUUUGGACAGUUUCUGCUUGAAUUUGUUUGCAAUAUGUCAGAAUAGCCUCCCAGAGCUGCUGUUUGGUUGUAAACUGCCUCCCACCCUCAUAGAUCUUUUGCUUGAGGAUGCUCCAAAGGUUCUCAAUAGGAUUGAGGUCAGGGGAGGAUGGAGGCCACACCAUGACUUUCUCUCCAUUUAUCCCCAUAGCAACCAUUGAUGCAGAGGUAUUCUUUGCAGCAUGAGAUGGUGCAUUGUCAUGCAUGAAGAUGAUUUUAUUACGGAAAGCAUAGUUCUUCUGUACCAGGGAAGAAUGUGGUCAGUCAGAAACUCUCUUGCCAUGAUUCCGGCCCAAAACAUGACUCCACCACCGCCUUGCUGACGAAGCAGCCUUUGUUGGAACAGGGUGGCUGUCCACCAACCAUCCACUACUCCAUCCAUCUGGACCAUUCACGGCACUCAUCAGUGAACAGGACUGUUUGAAAAUUAGUCUUCAUGUAUUUUUCUGCCCAAUGCAGCCAUUUCUGCUUGUGAGCAUUGGUUAGUGGUGGCCAAAUAGAAGGUUUAUGCACAGUUGCAAGACUCUGGAAGACUCUACACCUUGAUGCCCGUGGGACUCCAGAGGCACCAGCAGCUUCAAAAAUCUGUUUGCUGCUAUGUAAUGGUAUUUUAGCAGCUGCUCUCUUGAUCCGAUGCAUGGAUCUGGCAGAAAUCUUCCUCAAUGUGCCUUUAUCUGCACGAACCCGUUUGCGCUCUGAAUCAGCCACAAAUCUCUUAAUAGGGCAAUGAUUAUGCUUAAGUUUUCGUGAAAUAUUUAUGGUUUUCAUACCUCAUCCAAGGCAUUGAACUAUUUCACUCUUUUCGGCAGCAGAGAGAUCCUUUUUCUUCCCCAUAUUGCAAGAAAAUGGUGCUCUGCUUAAUAAUGUGCAACACCCUCCUUUAGUAGUUUUUCCUUAAUUUGGGCUCACCUGGCAAUCUAAUUAUCACAGGUGUCUGAGAUUGUUAUCAGUGAUCAAAAGAGCCCUGAGACACAAUGCCAUCCAUGAGUUAAACUGAAAAGCAAAAUAUUUAAUCUUUGUGACACUUAAAUAGAAUUUGCUGAAUAAUUUGGAACAGGGUGUAUCUGUUUAUAAAGCACUUUUCCCGGUGAUGAUGCAAAUUUUGGCUGAAGGUAAACCCUUUCCGGACAGAGGUUAUUGGUAAAAUAUCAGAAUCCAUAGGACAGAAUAUGAGGCUUCUGACUUGCAAAGCCUGUUCUUAGUUGCGAAUUGUUAAGAUAUUUUUCUUUUAAUUUUUUUAUGUCUCUUAAUUUUUGUAUUAUUAUUAUUUAAUAUGGAUGCACUAUCUAAAUAAUGCUUUAAAAGAAGGGAUAUAUUUUGAUGACACAGCCUUCCUAAAAACUUCCAGUAUAAAUUGAUCUAAUGUUUACACUUACUUUAUUACAAAUUCUGUUUCAUUUUAAAUUUCUUAUCUACUGCUCUGUUAAUAGCUUGCUAGACCCUGCAGGAGCCUUCUGCCUGAACUUAUUGAAGGGGCACAUUUGAGACACAGCCAUUACAGUUUUUUUCAAACUUUUGAAUUUUUACGCUGUGUCUAGGUCCCAUUUUAGAGUAUUUUACCAGGCUAUAUAAUCCAACUACCCCAUAAUGGCAUACCAUUUCUUAAAGAAGACAUCCCAGGGUAUUUCAAAAGGCAUAUUUUGAAUCUUAGCGUGGGAUCAUUUUUCCACUGGUACCUGGUACUUGUACCAAGUGUAGUGGUAAUAAGCCUUUUUGACACACAAAGCUAGUUUGCACAGUAUAUUUUGCAAACCUUAUGUGUGCUACGACUGUAUAAUACUUCAUAUGUUGCUCAGCUAUGUCGGCUGAGUACAGCAAUACCCCCGUACGUACCUUUGCCAGGUAUAUGUGGAUGUUGAAGUUGCAGCCAUUCAGUUUUUUUCUAACUUUGAAGUUUUACGCUGUGUCCAUGUUCCAAUUUGGAGUAGUUUAGCUGGUUGGUUAUUCAAACUUCCCCACAAGCACAUACUAUUUAUUAAAGAAUACAACCCAGUGUAAUUCAAAAGGCAUAUUUUGAACCUUACCGUGGGAUAAUUUUUUUGCUAGUUUGUUCCAGGUGUAGUGGUAAUGCACAUUUUUUAAAUGUAUUUUUUAACUGUUUUAACUUUUUUUCACUUUUUAAAACUUGUUUUUAAACUGUUUUGUUUACUUACUAUUUUUUUAACUUAUACACGUUUAAAAUUUUUAUAAACUUUUUUUUACUGUUAACCCCUAACUAGCAGUAAGCAGCACUAAAAGUAAAUUCCCCUAUUUCCCAUAACACCCACCCACCGACCCACCCCAGCUAGCAAAAUAUAUCAUUUUAAAUUAUUUAAAUUAAAUAAUUGAAUAAGUUGAACCCCUUAGGGUGAAAAAAAUAAAUAAAAGUUAACCCUCAGGGGUUAAAAUAAAAAUAAGAUCACAGUAUAAUACUGUGAUCUGUAUUUUGAUCACUGUAGGCAAUAAUCAACUGGCAGGGAAGGGGUUAAUUUUUAUUAGGACUGGGUAAAGGAGACGUUUACUUUUUAAAACGUUAUGAAACUUUUGAAAGCUUUUUUUAAAAACUUUUUUAAAGUUAACCACUAGCUAGCCUAACACCAAAUUCCCCAAUUCCCCACUAACUUCCACCCACCCCAUCUAGCUAAAUAUAUAAUUUUUAAAUAUUUUAAUUAGUUAAUAAAAUAAAUUUAAACCCUGAGGGUUAAAAAAAAUAAUUUUACACUCAGGGGUUAAAAAAAAAAUCAGAUCACAGUAAAAUGUAGUCCUUGACAAUUGAUCACUGUAGUUAGUGAUCAUUGGCAGGGAAGGGGUUAAUUUUAUUAAAGCAGAUGAAAGAGGGGGUGGGAUUUAACUUGAAUUUCUUUUUUUAACAGGGCGAAGAGAAUCAUCACUGAUCCGUCUCCCUGCACUUCCACCUGUGGAAGAGCAGUGAGGCGGAUCAGAAGUCCCUGCAGCACAUGUGCUCCCGGUCUGUCUCGAAUACCACGCUCGCAGCGAUCUGGGGUUAAUUUUAGAGCAUGACGGACCCAGUCCAUCAUGCAUCGUUAAGUGCGCCCCCAGCAUGACGGACUGGGUCCAUCAUGCUUCCUUAAGGGGUUAACAUCUGACUGAAAGUGAAGCCAUUUUGUUUUCAUGCAUGCUGUCAGUCACAGCCAGGGGAGGUGUGGCUAGGGAUCUUUAAAGAGAAACAAAAGUGAUUUAACUCCUAAAUGGCAGAGGAUUGAGCAGUGAGGCUGCAGGGGCAUGUUCUAUACACCAAAACUGCUUCAUUAAGCUAAAGUUGUUUUAGUGACUAUCGUGCCCCUUUAACCUUUCUAUACAUAACAAUAUAUACUGCCAUUUUCAUGUAUUUAUUUGGUAAUUAUUUUUUCUUCUGUGUGAUCAUGUCUACAAGUAAGUUGAAUAUUAGACUUAUUGUUCACAAACAAACUACUUCAAGGUUUUUUCAUAAAUAUAACAUUUCAGAUCAGAACAGCAGAACAGAGGAUACAGCUGACUAGGGGAAAUCUUUCGAUUUCACUUUUACUUCGUGACAUUUUGCAAUUAUGUGAUUACCUUUUAUAUGUUUUUAUUUUCCUUUAACAAACAGGUUCUGCUUACAUUGUGUAAUCUUACAUUACAUUUUCCGGGAAUCGAAGCAGUAAUAAGUGAAUACUCCCUGGAAUUAACAGCUCAGCUAAAUUAUUCUUUUCAACACAAUAAAUGAUUUUCAUAAUGUAUUAUUUGCGCAAUCAUUGUAUCUUGAUAUGUGUAAUUAUAACUGGGAAUUUUGGAGGUACAUUUCAAUGAGGGUUACUUAAUAGAAGAGGAACGCUGCGUUACAAGAAUGUACGACAGUAGAACAGGUUGCUUUGCUGUUAAAUACGUGGAAUAUAAUUGCCAUUUCUCAUUUAAAGCUGUUAUGUUGAUAUAUUUUGGAUUAUAACUAUUAAACGUAACUUUUUAUGGUUGAAAAAAACUAAAUACCAUCAUAAAGUAUUUACAUUUUAAUUGAAUAUAUUUUAUUUAUCUGUAGAAAUUACAUUAUUGGCUUUUUAUGUCUACAAGUGAGGAGAGAAUAAUGUAAAUAAUGUUCCUUACAAAACAUCUCUUUAACCUCUUCACAGCCAAAAAUAUGUAUUCAUGUAUUUUACUUUAUAUGCUUUGCAAAGUGAUAUGUAGUCCAUAAAGCCCCCUUACAUCAUCUUCCUCUAUCUAGCAGAAAUAAAAUGUAUAAAAAAAGUUACAAAUCUUUACACAGAUAAGAAAUAAAUAAUAUAUUAUUCACCCUUAAAUAAAAAUGGAUAGACAUUUUCUUUAAAGGAAUACUAGGGUCAGAACCACAAAUGUAUAUCCCGGAUCCCAUUGUGUUAAAACCUAUAAAAAGCUACCCCCCACCCCCCUUAAAAAGGUAAUAAACUUACUUUUGUUCCUUUAUUGCGGCCUUCUUGGCUGAGAUCAUCAGAAUUUCAGAAUUGACGGAUUGGGAUUGCCUUAGACUGUCGAUUCCGAUGAUCUCAGCCAUGGCGGCAGUGCAGUGGCCAAUGCCGCGUUGCCAUAAUUUAACAUCUCCUCAUAAAGAUGUAUUGAAUUAAUGCACUUCCAUGAGGAAUGUUCAGCAUCUCCAGUGUGGAGACACUAAACAUCAGUGCUGCACAUUGUGCAGUACUGACCCAGGAAGCACCUCUAGCGGCUGUCUGUCUAACUACCACUGGAGGUGACCCUAGGCAGCACCAAGUAAAAGCCUGCAAGGACUGACUAUAUUCACUAGAACUACAUUAAGCUGUAUAUCAUGCAUUAAGCUGUAUACUAUACAUUAAGCUGUGUACGAUACAUUAAGCUGUAUACUAUACGAUACAUUAAGCUGUAUACUAUACUAUACAUUAAGCUGUAUACUAUACGAUACAUUAAGCUGUAUACUAUACUAUACUAUACAUUAAGCUGUAUACUAUACUAUACAUUAAGCUGUAUACUAUACUAUACAUUAAGCUGUAUACUAUACCAUACAUUAAGCUGUAUACUAUACUAUACUAUACAUUAAGCUGUAUACUAUACAUUAAGCUGUAUACUAUACAUUAAACAGGUGUUUACGAUACAUUAAGCUGCAUACUAUACGAUACAUUAAGCUGUAUAUUAUACAUUAAGCUGUAUAUCAUGCAUUAAGCUGUAUACUAUACAUUAAGCUGUAUAUCAUGCAUUAAGCUGUGUACGAUACAUUAAGCUGUAUACUAUACUAUACAUUAAGCUGUAUACUAUACCAUACAUUAAGCUGUAUACUAUACUAUACGAUACAUUAAGCUGUAUACUAUACUAUACAUUAAGCUGUAUACUAUACCAUACAUUAAGCUGUAUACUAUACUAUACUAUACAUUAAGCUGUAUACUAUACAUUAAACAGGUGUUUACGAUACAUUAAGCUGCAUACUAUACGAUACAUUAAGCUGUAUAUUAUACAUUAAGCUGUAUGCCAUACAUUAAGCUGUAUACUAGACUAUACAUUAAGCUGUAUAUUAUACAUUAAGCUGUGUACGAUACAUUAAGCUGUAUACUAUACAUUAAGCUGUAUACCAUACAUUAAGCUGUAUACUAUACUAUACAUUAAGCUGUGUACUAUACAUUAAGCUGUAUAUUAUACAUUAAGCUGUGUACGAUACAUUAAGCUGUAUACUAUACAUUAAGCUGCAUACUAUACAUUAACCUGUAUACUAUACAUUAAGCUGUGUACGAUACAUUAAGCUGUGUAUGAUACAUUAAGCUGUAUACUAUACCAUACAUUAAGCUGUAUACUAUACUAUACUAUACAUUAAGCUGUAUACCAUACAUUAAGCUGUAUACUAUACUAUACAUUAAGCUGUAUACUAUACAUUAAGCUGUGUACGAUACAUUAAGCUGUGUACUAUACAUUAAGCUGCAUACUAUACAUUAAGCUGCAUACUAUACAUUAAGCUGUAUACCAUACAUUAAGCUGUGUACGAUACAUUAAGCUGCAUACUAUACAUUAAGCUGUAUACCAUACAUUAAGCUGCAUACUAUACUAUACAUUAAGCUGUGUACUAUACAUUAAGCUGCAUACUAUACAUUAAGCUGCAUACUAUACAUUAAGCUGUAUACCAUACAUUAAGCUGUAUACCAUACAUUAAGCUGUGUACGAUACAUUAAGCUGUAUACCAUACAUUAAGCUGUAUACUAUACAUUAAGCUGAGUACGAUACAUUAAGCUGUGUACUAUACAUUAAGCUGUAAUUUUUCUGGUGACUAUAGUAUCCCUUUAAUGUAAAUCUGGAGCAAGAGUUUUUUAGUAUUUAUUUUAAAAUAAUAAAGUUAAUUAUAGAAAAAAAGUAGUUUAAGUAAUAUUAUGCAUCAUGCCCAAUAAGUCAAUUCAGAUAUGACUCAUGACAUUUAUCUUUCAGAAUCAUUCAAAGAAAAUUGAAACAAUCAUUAUUGUAAUCCAAGAGACUGUAUGUUUGAAGUCACAGUAUCUGAGCCGUGAAAGCUGUCCUUUUAAAAACGGCGGAGUGAGUAUUUAGCAUUGUUUAUAUUUUAUAAGAAAGAUACAUUGCAUUCUGUGCAAGGCAAGUGUUAUUAUGUCAUUUUAUGGAUUCUUAGUCUGUGCACUCAGUGACCAGGAAUGACCCCAAGAGAUUCACUUAGAUUAAAUAAAUGAAUCCUUCCAUCAAAGCUACUAAAUGAAUUCACAGACACAGAACACCAGUCACCCGACCAGCUAAAGAGAAAGAAUAGGCAUGCUCCCAGCAUACUGCACUAGGCGUAACAUAAGUUUAAAUCUAUCACUGUUAUCUAGAUGUUUCUACAUUUUGAUGAAAAUUUUGUUCUAGGAAUUUUCUUUUGUUUUUGAUUCUUUGAUAAUUUGCAUUUAAAAUUUAAAAUACAACAUUUUCAGUUAUUUUAUGUCCAGGAUUGAAAAGCCGUUUCGUGACAUAAUCUAUGUCUAAUUUCUUCUGUUCUGUAGGAAGUAAGGGAAUGCAUUGUAUCUAUUGAUAAGAGUGAUCUUAGUGUGGCCUCCAAUGUACGUUGUGAGACUAUGUCUGAUUCAGUGGGCAACGGACCUGAUAAGGUAUGUUUACAUAAAGCAGCAUUUAUAAUAAUUAGAAGAAUUCUUCAUAUACCACGUUGCUAAAAAUGAUCCAUGAUGAGGUUAGACAACCUUUGGCACUCCAGAUGUUGUGGACUACAUCUUCCAUAAUGCUUUACCAUAAAUAUGGCUAUAAUGAUGUGAGAUGUAGUCCAAAAUAGGGAUCGACCGAUAUUGAUUUUUUUUGAGCGAUACCGAUAAUCAGUGAACUUUCAGGCUGUUAGCCGAUAACUUGCCGAUAUUCUAUACAUUUACCAUUUUGAAAAAAUAAACUAAUUCUAAAGGUAAAUGCACAAAAUAUACAUGCCACAUGUAGUGGAUGAAGUGUGUUUAGACAAGGGAGCUGUGUGUGUUUGUGUAGUGUGUGUGUAGUGGAUGCAGUGAGUGUUUGUGUAGUGUGUGUGUAGUGGAUGCAGUGAGUGUUUGUGUAGAGUGUAGUGUGAAUGCAGAGUGUGUGUUUGCGUAGUGUGUAUAAUGAAUGCAGUGUGGGGUGUGGGUAAAGUGAAUGCAUUGUGUGUGUAUAUAAUGCAGUGUGUGUGUAGUGUAUAUAUAAUGCAGUGUGUAGUGUGUAUAUAAUGAGUGUGUGUGUUUGUGUGUUGUGUGUUUAUAUAAUGCAGUUUGUGUGUUUGUGUAGAUUGUGUAUAUAAUGCAGUGUGUGUUUGUGUAGUGUGUGUGUGUAUAUAAUGCAGUUUGUGUGUUUGUGUAGAUUGUGUAUAUAAUGCAGUGUGUGUUUGUGUAGUGUGUGUAUAUAAUGCAGUGUGUGUAGUGUGUGUAUGUAUAUAAUGCAGUUUGUGUGUUUGUGUAGUGUGUGUAUUUAAUGCAGAGUGUGUGUUUGUGUGUUGUGUGUAUAAUGCAGUGUGUGUUUGUGUGUUGUGUGUAUAAUGCAGUGUGUGUGUUUGUGUAGUGUGUGUGUAUAAUGCAGUGUGUGUGUUUGUGUGUUGUGUGUGUAUAAUGCAGUGUGUGUGUUUGUGUAGUGUGUGUAUAUAAUGCAAUGUGUGUAGUGUGUGUGUAUAUAAUGCAGUGUGUGUUUGUGUAGUGUGUGUGUAUAUAAUGCAGAGUGUGUGUUAGUGUAGUGUGUGUGUAUAUAAUGCAGUGUGUGUGUUUGUGUAGUGUGUGUGUAUAAUGCAGUGUGUGUGUUUGUGUGUUGUGUGUGUAUAAUGCAGUGUGGGUGUUUGUGUAGUGUGUGUAUAUAAUGCAAUGUGUGUUUGUGUAGUGUGUGUGUAUAUAAUGCAGAGUGUGUGUUAGUGUAGUGUGUGUGUAUAUAAUGCAGAGUGUGUGUUUGUGUAGUGUGUGUGUAUAUAAUGCAGUGUGUGUGUUUGUGUAGUGUGUGUGUAUAUAAUGCAGAGUGUGUGUUAGUGUAGUGUGUGUGUAUAUAAUGCAGAGUGUGUGUUUGUGUAGUGUGUGUGUAUAUAAUGCAGUGUGUGUUUGUGUAGUGUGUGUGUAUAUAAUGCAGAGUGUGUGUUAGUGUAUUGUGUGUGUAUAUAAAGCAGAGUGUGUGUUUGUGUAGUGUGUGUGUAUAUAAUGCAGAGUGUGUGUUAGUGUAGUGUGUGUGUAUAUAAUGCAGAGUGUGUGUUUGUGUAGUGUGUGUGUAUAUAAUGCAGAGUGUGUGUUAGUGUAGUGUGUGUGUAUAUAAUGCAGUGUGUGUUUGUGUGUUGUGUGUGUAUAAUGCAGUGUGUGUGUGUGUUUGUGUAGUGAUGUAAUUUGUGUAAAAUGGGAGGGCAUUUUUUAUUCUAGUUAUUUUUUUGAAAUUUGUUUUUGUUUGUUUAGUCCCCCCUCCCUGCGUCUUACCAGGGAGGGGGGAUAUAGUAUUCCCUGAUGGUCCGGUGGCUUGUUAAGUACUGGGGGGGGGGCCGCAGGAAGCUGUUUCUUACCUUUCUUGCAGCUCCUGCAACUCCCCUGUGUAAAUCUCGUGGCCUUAAGUGCCGCAAGGAGCGUUGCCAUGGUAACCCACAAGAUUUGCACUGGGGAGCUGGAGGGGCUGCAAGAAAGGUAAGAAACAGCUUCCUGAGGGCCCCCCCAGGACCGCCAGGCUUGUAAUGAGCCCGGCGGUCCUAGGAGGUAUUAUCGGCAAUAUCGGUAUCUAUAUUGGCCAAUACCGAUAUUGCCGAUAAUACCGAAUAUCGGCCGAUAAUGUCAGUAAAACCGAUAAUCAGUCGAUCCCUAGUCCAAAACAUCUGCAGUCCUGAAGGUUGCCUACCCUAAUCUACGAGAAGCAUUGAUUGAACUUCAUUGUCCUCAUGCAAUGCAUGAGUACGGCAACAAUCAAGAACCAAACGACAGUGUUUUACAUUGUGGGAGCAAAAUGCCAGAGGCACUGCACACAGAACACUUCAUUGAGAUGGAGUGGUUUUGGUGUCUAUUGUGUCCCUUUAAAUACGUUGAAGGCUCUGUCAGCUUUUUAAAUUGAAUUCUGAAGGGUAAUUUCAUCACAUUAGAGAAUUUGCUAAUCACAAAGUAAAAGGAAUCAUUUUGCAACAUUAAUGUCACAGUAUUGUUUUAGUUUCAGUUGUGCAAGAUCUGUGAUUUAUACGCUGCAAACAUCUUUUACAUAAAUGUUGCUGUUUGCGUUAGGGCCAGACAGUAUAAUUCUUUGUAUUCUAUAUAUUUACUUUCAGGUCCUGUUGAUCUGUUUCAAAAUCCAUAGAAAGGAUGAGGCUUUAAAAAACUCAUGUCAUUAUUAGUAGUGGCCUGGCUGCCCUGGUGUACAAGUCAAGUUACAUCUUCCUAAAUGCACCAGAACCGCUACAGCCCAAUGCAAGCCUGGCCCUGCAUAAUCAGCACUGUAAACACUGCCUUUUCUGAGAAAUGACAGCAUUUACACUGCUGCCUAAUGCCAACUCUAGUAGCUGCCACUGUGGCAAUCACUUUUGCAUAGCUUGCAUAGCUCGCAUAGCUAGCAUAUAAACAUAGUUACAUAGUUACAUAGUUACAUAGCUGAAAAGAGACUGCAUCCAUCAAGUUCAGCCUUCCUCACAAAUGUUGUUGCUGUUGAUCCAAAAGAAGGCAAAAAACCUGGUCUGAAGCGCUUCCAAUUUUGCCACAAACUAGGAAAAAAUUCCUUCUUGACCCCAAAAUAGCAGUCAGAUGUCUCCUUGGAUCAAGCAGCUAUUACCCCACUAAUUAGAAAUGAUAUCCCUGUAUGUUAUGUUUUUGUAAGUAUUUAUCCAAUUUCAGUUUAAACAUCUGUAUAGACUCUGAUAAAACCACCUCUUCAGACAGAGAAUUCCAUAUCCGUAUUGUUCUUACUGUAAAAAAAACCUUUUCUUUGCCUUAGAUGAAAUCUCCUUUCUUCCACAUAUCAUAACACAGCAAUAUUGUGAAUAGAACACUUUGCAGACAAACUUAAACAUUUAAAUUAUUAAGUUACACAAUUUGUAUUUUCACUUAUUUGUUCAUCCUUUAUAAAAACAGUAUUUGUGAACUUAAAAGUGUCAUUAUACAGUGUCCUUUACCUUGUAAUAUUUCACAGAGGGUCUGAAAUGUUAGUAGACGAGUAAAAAUGCAAUUUAUUCUCACAUACAGAAGGUGUGACAAAAAUAUAUAAGUAAAAAUGGUUAAAUAACUUGCUUAUAUGUAUUUGUAACACCCCUGAAGGCAUAACAAGCAGUACAGCUUACUAAAAAUGACAUUAUGUAAAAAGAACGUUUGUAUUUGAGCAUAUUGACCACAUACAGUAAAUAUAGUUUAAUUAUAUACUUCUAAAAUAUAAGAGUUUAAAACUGCUAUAGAAAUUAUUAUCAAUCUGAAAUGCUAAUGUAAUGCUGACAGUGAAAUAGAGACCAUUCACUCACCCACUCUCCCUGUAGGAAUAAUAUGAUCCAUUCAAACUUCCUGUAAUGUUUUGAAGCAGGCGGUGAGCUUACAUUUUCAGCAAAUUUACAGGCAUUAUAUCAAUGACUUGUGGCUUAUGACAGAGAAAUGUGUUUCUCUACAGGCUGGCAAUCAUAACUAGAGUAUAUAUGUGAGUGAGUAAGGCUUUAUGAACACUGAAACAUACAUACGAAAUAAGAAAAAAGGUAUACUCAAUGUGGGUAUUGGAAGGGCUAACGCACACAGGAAAAGCCUGAUAAUCUAAAUAGGUACCUUAACACCAUAGCAUUAGGAAUACAGGUUUGGAUAUUUAACACAACAGUGUUCCUGGAGGACAGCAACCGAGUGACAGGGUGGGAAAGUAGAACAGGAAGGUGAGAGUGGGUUGUGUUCCGUUAAUGAAGAGCAUGAGACAGGUUUGUGAAAUAGAAGUAACUCUGGGAGGCCAUAAGAGUUUCUGAAAAGAUGGACUUUGAGGGACAUCAUACAUGAUUGAAGACUAUGGGAGAGUCUGAUGGGACUAGGUAGGCUUUUCCAAAGGAAAGGAAGUCCUGCAGGCAGGUGAAGGUCACCGGCAGAAUGGAGAGACAUAGAAGGUGCAUACCUACGAAUUAGUGAAGAAAUGUAAUGGGGUAUAGAGUUGGUUAGAGCUUUAUAGGUAAGGCUUAGUAUUUUGAAUUAACUCCUACAGGGUACAGGAAGCCAGUCUAAGGAUUGAUAGAGGGGCGAUGGAUGAGAGGAGUGAAAGAUCAGCCUAGCAGAAGCAUUGAUACCUGACUAUAGUGAGGCAGUAUGGCUUCUGGGGAGACAAAUUAGGAGAUAAUUACAGAAGUUACUAGAGCUUGAACAAACAUUUUAGAAUUUAACGUAAGAAAGUGGCGGUUGCGGACAAUAUUUUUAAGGUGGAAUUAGCAGGAUUUUGCAACAGACUGGAUAUGAGGUCAGAAUCAAAGAUAACACCAAGACAGUGGGCUUGCAAGGAUGGGCUGAUGCAGGUACCAUCAACUUGCAGGGAGAGCAAAAGACAAGGUUUAAGAGGAGGACCGAGACAGGACGUGGGGAGGAGGUAUCAUUAGAAAAUGAGACAUUGAAUGAGCAUUGGGAGAGAUAGGACUAGAACCAUGAGAGGACAGGGCCACAGACACCAAGUUACAACUGUAUUGAUUUCCAAAGGUUAAUAUUAUGGUAAAAAAACUUUAGAAAUAUUAAUGCAAUGUAUCUCAAUAAUGCUACAGAGUUUUCUUAUAAUAGAUUGGGGACCUUCUCUUUUCCAGGUUGAAAGUCGGUUCAAUGUAACACAGCUGAGCAAGCAGAACAGGAUACUUCCACUAAAAGUACCAAAAAAGAUAGCAUGUCUUGGCUGUAUAAUAUCCCUACUCCCUGGAUCCCAGCAACACUGAUUUAAUAUCACGCAGCCUCCAUGCAAUAAGUAAUGGGUUGAUUUAACUGAUUGAUUUUAUUUACAGUUGCAGACAAAUUUGUACCAAUAAAAAAAAGUGACUAUUUCCAAAAUAAAAUAAAAUACAUAAAUAGAUAAAUGCAUUGGAAAUACAUGUUUUAUAAAUAAAUAAACAAUAUAAUUCAUACGUAUGAAGUCAGAAGAUGAUUUUUCUCACGCUUCUACAAGAUUACUUCAACAUAGUGAUAUUAAUUGGGCCAACAUCAAAGGACUAUAGGUCACUGAGAUAAGUUAUGUUUGACGAUCGAGAAGAUAUAAAUAUCGCCCUUCACCAGACUACUAGCAAAUCAUCUCUUAACAACACAUUCUGCUCUCCUGUGUGGCAGUGCUGGGGUGAGGAUGGGCUGUCACCGUACUCUAAUGAGUGAUGGGGCAACCUGCAAUAACAUUUGAAUACUCCCCACAAACAGGUCUGUCUAUAAUAUCAAUAGGACCCUGGGAAAAGCAAUUUCUUGGGCCCCCUGGUCCCUGUCCUUCCCACAAAUGCAAUCAUGCAUUUCACCCCAAUGCAGUGAGGGAAAUAAAGUAAAAUGGUGUAAGACAUACUUACACAGACAUAUACACUGACAGACAUACAAACUCAUACACACACAAACAAACAUACUGACACACAUAUUUUCACUGACAGACAUACUGACUCAUACACACACACAAACAAACAUACUGACACACAUAUAUGCACUGACAGACAUAUGGAUACACACAGACACAUACCCUGACAGACAUGCUGACACACACACAUAUACUGACAGACAUACUGACACACACACACUGUCAGACAUGCCGACACACAGACACAUCCCCUGAUAGACAUACUGACACACACAGACACAUAACUGACAGACAUACUGACAAACACACAGACAUACAUUAACAGACAUACUGACACACACAUACACUAACAGGCAUACUGACAAAGACACAUAAUUGACAAGACAUAAUGACACUCACACACACACUGACAGACAAACUGGCCCACAUUCACACACACGCUUAAUUUACACUUUUAAACCCACCUCUCAUUUCCAUCCUUGAAGGGUGUCCAAAGUGGUGUCUAUGGCUGUUGGGAGUUAGGGAUUGGCUCUCCCGGUCCAGCCCCCUCCUCGCUGCCUCUUUGGUCUCUCCCAGGUGACUCUGUGUUUUCACUGGGAAGAAGUGGCGUGUGGCUGUCACUUCUUUCCAGGCUGCCAAAAAGCAAGAGGCCCGGUCGUUCUCUUAAAAGGCCACAGCACAUGACUGCGCACCUGCUUACAAAUGCCCACUGGGUGCCCCAUAGUGCAUGGGGGAAAAAAUUAGUAGUUGAGGGCAGUGGAGCCCUUGGGACAGUUGCUUUGGGCCUUGUAGCAAACUCACCCCUUCAAGGGAGGUUGCCAUGAGUUUUUGGAGGGGGCUGCUUGCCCGCCUCCUGCCCUGUGACUACGGCCCUCGGGAUAUUGCCCUUUAAAGACAUCAUUUGGGCAUAAUGGAUUUUUUUAUUUUGCUGCUACUGGCCCUUUAAGCACAGCAUAUGGACUUCUAUUGGACUGUGUAUGGACCUUUAAGAACUGUGUAUGGGCAUAUUGAGACUUUUUGGGACAAUGCCCCUUUAAGACUGUGUCCCCAGUGUCCCCAUACUUGUUGGGGACAAUGCCCCUUUAAGACGGUGUCCGCAGUGUCCCCAGACUGUUAAUAUACUGCGUUCCUGGCUUUCUCCCACUUGAUUCAGUAAAUUGGGCUUACUGAACCAUGUACCACACAGGCGGACAUCCCAGAAAUGGAAGCGUGCAGGCAAUUUACCUCCCAAGUGGGGAGCCUGCUGUAGGUAAAUUGCUGACCGCUGGGGGGCCGCCGUUCGUACAAACGGCCAUCUUUAUUCUACCAAACGCGGUCAGUGGUGUGUGUAGCCAAAUUCAUGGAACUGAAAUUGGCUACACAGUUCCACGAACACCGUUGACCCUUACCAUCUCCUACACUGAGUUUUCAGCCCCAGAGACUAAGUCCCGUUCGGUUCAUUUUUACAGUGUGAAAUCGACCGACGGCACAGCCCAAAUCUAUGGAACUGAUUUGGGCAUGAAAAUGUGCUUGUGGUCAGUCACAAAGGACUUCCAGCUAACUUUUUAACCCCUGGAAGAAAUCACCUGAAUUUUGGAUAUGUGUGUAAUUAAAGUGAGCUGAGUAUUAAUAUGUUGUUUUUAUGAAUAUUGAAUGUAUAGUUUUAAGGUUAUAGUACAUGUGUAAAAACUGUAUUUCUCUGCCUGUGAUAAUUACAUUAACCCAUUGUGUUCAGUAAUUAUAGCACAGGCAGAGGGGACGAUUUUGUGUGUAAUUGCUGGGAGUGCCUGAGUGUAUUGUACGUAUUGAUUGUUGUCCUGCAAAACCCUGUGGGCAGUACUAUGUUUGUAGAAUGUGCAUAAAAGCAGAGUGUUGGAUUAAAGCUCCAGUUCUACUUCACCCUCAAUUUGGAGUCCUGUCUCUUAUUGGGGGAAUGUGAUACUAGGGAUUGCUAUGCUCACCAUACUCUCUUGCUAUAAUCACUACUAACCUCUUUUAAGAGCUUGUUCCUGUUUUGCUCUUUGAAGGAGUCUAUGGUGGUUAUGGUGUCUGCUGGAGUGCUUGGAGCCCUCAGGAAGUGCUAGGAGCAUCCUUCAACGGAGGUACCCAGUCAGUGUACCCGUCGAUCCGUUACAGGCCCCCCAGAGUAACAGGGCCAGAGGCUGCCCCAUUCACCCCGUAUUAAAGACUGCCUUGCCCACAAACACUUGGGAAGCAACCAUUCUGAGGGAAAAAGUAGCCAAGUGGAGAAACUAAAACAAAUAUGUAUCUCAAUAUGUUGGUGUGAGUGUGUGUGUCUAGCAAUUUAUAUCAAUUUGUUUGUAAGGGUGUCUGUCUGGCAGUGUGCACAUGAUUCUAUAACUGAUAGCAAGCAUCCAUUCCUGAAUGUGAAUUCCCAUCUGAAAGAAUUUGUGUUUGCGUGUGUGUCUGGCAGUGUGUAUUUGUGUGUGGUCGUGUUAGUGUGUGAGAAUUGAGAAUGUGUAUCUGAGUGUAUGUCUGGCAGUAAGUAUCCAUGUGUGAGUGUAUAUUCCUAUCAGUAAAUAUUGGUGUGUGUCUGGCAGUGUAUUUCUGUACGUGAGAAUGCAUGUCUGAAUGCAUAUGAAAGUGUAAGUGUGUGUGUGUGUGUAUGCGUGUCUGGCAGGUAGUAUUUCUGUGUAGCUGUGGACAGGUGUGAUUGUGUCUGGGAGAAUUAGGCAGGUGGGCCUCAGUCCUCAAUAGCUUUGAUUCCACUUGAGACUCUCAAUCCAGCGUUACGUCCAAACUGCUGGAAGGUGGAGUUUCCACUCACGUUACAUGACAGAAAGAGGCUCUGACCUAAAAGCCAUGCUCUGCUGUACAAGGCCGCACAAUUGGUCUUGGCAUUGAUGAUAGUUUGGAGACUUGGCUUAUAUAGUGCAGUGUUGUAGGUCAGCUAAUUUGUUGCAAAAGUUCAUGAACCGUGUAAUUUUUUUGUGAGACAAUGAAAUAUUACGAAGAAGAACCCCUCAUCCACAUAUGAGUCCAUGGAUGUUCAUUGAUGUGAGACUGUCUGAAAAGCUAUACAUCGACUUUAUUCAGAAAACAGCAGAGUUCCGUGACCUCACCCGUGGCCUGAGAGCGGAAUGUAGAUUUAGGCCAAAAAUGUAUAGUUGUAGAAAAUCUUAAAUUCAGCAGAGACUGGUUGUUUCAUCCAGUUAGGAGUUAGAUUGUUUGUUAGUGUGUUUGUCGUUUUAAAUCGGCAAAGCCCACUGUUUAAUGAAUAAAGUUGAUGAUCUUGUAAGAGAAUAAUCUCACUAGACUGAGACCCAGAAUCUGGCUAACCAGGAAUGUAGACUGUGUUAAUCUAUAAUAUACGGACACGUGAGAAGAAACUCGUAUUUAGAAAUACUAAAUACAAUUAUUUAUGUUGUUUUUCUUUCUGCUUGAAAUCUCAGAUAUGAGAUGAUUGAAUUUUAGGUUAUAGUUCAGGUUUUAGGCUGAACGUGUGUUCAGGGAGAAUGAAUUUGGAAUUACAGUUUUUAAGAAGAGUUGCGGAAUUUCCAAAGUUGCAACAACCACUUUCUUAAGAAUUGUUCCAGGAAGUGUACUUAAGAAUAGUUGUUUUGUUUAAUACUGUUACAUUCUUCGUAUAUCAAUGUGCAAUUCUCCAGAUCUGAUCUGGGAAGAGAUUUUACUUUUCUUUAAAAACCACCAUCAUUUUUGGGAGUUAGCAGCCAUUUACAUCAGUAAUACCGCAGCUCAUUGUGUUGGUUAUGGUGCUGCAUUCUAGAGGCGCAUUGUCCGUAUUUUUAAGUAGUUUGAUAAUAAAUAGUGUUUAAAGAAACUCUCCAAGCACUACAGUGGAUAUGUUGGCCGAAGUACUUUGACACUCCUCCAUUGGAAAUAGUUUGACUUCUUACAUAGAGUCCCUGCCUCCAAUACUUCACCAAGACACCCAGAAGCUUCUGCUUGGGAGCUUGCAUUGUCUCUCCUAAACCCUGCAUCGCCAGGCUUAGCUCGGACAGAAUGCUUUCAGCCCUCUGACUGAUGUUGUGAAGGCCAGGAGCAGCGACCGGAGUACUGUGAGUAAAAAUCAUAACAAAACUACUGGCAAUGGAGGGUGCAAGGACAGCAAUUGUAAUCUCCACUUCAAAGUGCUGUUGAGAGGACUCUUAUAUCACCCCUCUUUUAGAGAUAUUUUUGACAAUAUCGAAGGUAUCUGACAUCAGAAGCAGUUACUGGUUAGAUGAGUUAGGUGGUUGCCAGGGGCCUCUUGCCCCCUAAUUCGCUUGAGGACAGGAUAAUUAAUCUGACUCUCAUUCCAUGAUUGAGGGACCGACACUGGAAAGGAGCAUAGUGGCAUAGUGUUGCCUGGUGCUGAGCCCCUUCUUGUAGUCUGCCCAGGGGAGAAAGAGCCCAGCGACUUUGGUCUGCAGCUCUGCUGGGAGCAGAGUUGCAGAUCAUAAGUAUUCUUUAAUGAGCACCAGACAACCAGAACGUUGCUGUGGGUUACCACUUUACCUCUCUGACACUACAAGUUCGCAAGACAGCUACCUCAUGGACUGCAACUCUGCGUCUGGCAAGCCAGACCACCAGGGAGAACAUUGGACCACCAGGGAGAAUACAGAAAAACCCUGCCUGACAGUGCACCUCUCACACACACUGGCUCCCCCUCCACACACUGUCACCCCUAUACACUGUCACCCCUCCACACAUUGUCACCCCCACACACUGUCAGCCCAUACACACUGUUACCCCCUACACAUUUUCACCCACUUACAUGCUGUCACCCCCACACACUGUCACUCCCCACACACUGCCACCCCCUACACACUGUCACUCUACCUAAACACUGUCACCAUAGGCGUGCGCACGGGGUGUGCCAGGUGUGCCUAGGCACACCCUAAUUCCUGCGGCACGCACUAUGUGCCUCCUUCCGUGGGCAGGUGAGGGAGAUCAAAGAUCUCCCUCACUGACCCACAGGCAGGGAGGGAGGCAGGAGAGGACCCGGCGAGCUCUUGCCAGCACACUGUCACCCCCUACACACUGUCACUCCCCACACACUGUCACUUAACCUACACAUUCUGACCCCUCAACACAUUGUCACCACCACCACACACACUGUCACCCUCCCCUCCCCCCAUGCACACACCAAUGGCAAAAUUGCCUAAUCUUAAAGGGGAACUGAGUUCCUUUAUCACCUGCAUUUUUCAAGUAUGCAUUUGUGAGAACAAAAAAACCCCCCAAAAAUAGAAUUAAAUGAAGUAAUUUACACCUCUCUCUCCUGGAGCUGAAUGCCUCCAUCUUAGCUCCCUGUCAAUCAUCUGCCCUUUGCACCUAUCGGUCAGCAUAGAAACAACAUACAGAAAAGAGAAGAAAUGAAACGUUUACAUUUCUCCUCACCAUUUGCCAAGUUUGCCAUAGUUUUGCCUUAUUGAAUUAUAAUGUCAUUUGUUAAAUCUAUAAAUUUAAAAGAAUAUGGAGCAUCUCAUAAAAACAAAAAAGAUGAACACAGUUCUAGCUAAUUGCUAAUGUUUUAUUAAGUGAUGUAAAUUCCAGAGAAGUGACAGAUUUUAAUAUGUGUCACCAGUCAAUUUGACCGUUGAAAGAUCAUUUUAUUUCUACUGAACACAAAGAUUUUUUUAAACAAAGUUAAAUGAUUUUAAUGAUUUCCCCCAAUAAUUCCAGAAUAAAGGAUUGACCCAUAUUAGGAAUGCCACUAUAGGUUGUAAUCAUUUCCAUGUGACAUAGAUUCACAACUACUAGAACUGUAAACCAGAGCGAUGAAAGCUCAGACAUUCCACUGUUGGAUUGCAAGCCAUCCCGAUCAGGCGGACUGCCGCUUCUUCUCUCUUUGCCUUCCUAAGGCCAGCUGCUGGGCGCACGCCCUAAUAAUCAUUAAUUGAGCCGUUUCAUUUAUUUCUGUAUAUGCUUUGAAGUUGUACUGCUUAGGGUUUAAGUCAUUGAAGUAACCUCCACAUCAUAUAACACGCCGGCCUAGUCCUCUUCAGACCCAUAGCUGGGCCACAAUUUAAGCCGAAUCUCUUGGAUCUUAAUAAUCGAUAUGGCUCUUAACGAGGUCUUUAUUUAUCUGUUCUAACAUAUCUCUGCUUUUACUUUCUUUUAGUGCCGUCAAAUGCAAUCUACAUCGAACCACGAUGGGAACAUGACCACAAAUCCAGGAAACAAACACAGAAAGGAUCGAGAAGGAACAAAGAUGUUAAUCAGACCCGUUCGCUGAUUUAAUUGUAUGGCGGUAAUAGCUGACUUAAAUUGUGUAAUUCC